AAACCUGAUCAGCAUCAAGAGAGGAGUGAAAACGCACCAGGAAUUUCCACAGUGCCUUCACAACCUGAUAAGCUGUUUUCCAAUCCUGAAAAACUCAAAGGAAUGAGCAAGUCAGUACCAUCGUUCCUACAGGAAGAGAGUGAUGACAGAGAGACAGACACAGCGUCAGAAAGCAGUUAUUGCCCCGGCAGAAUCAAGAAGAGUCCCAGCUCUUUAACCAAUCUUAGCGGCUCUUCUGGCAUGGCCUCCCUCUCCUCUGUGAGCGGAAGUCUAAUGAGCAUCUACAGCGCAGACUUUGGCAACGUCGACGUGAAGGGGAACAUUCAGUUUGCUAUUGAUUAUGUGGAACAGCUGAAUGAGCUCCAUGUUUUUAUUUGCCAAUGCAAAGACCUGGCAGUGGCAGAUGUUAAGAGGCAGCGUUCAGACCCGUAUGUAAAGACCUACCUGCUUCCAGAGAAAUACAAGCUGGGCAAACGGAAGACCUCUGUGAAAAAGAAAACUUUGAAUCCAGUCUAUAAUGAAAUAUUGCGGUAUAAAAUUGAAAAAGGUCUCCUAAAAACCCAAAGCCUUAAUAUCUCUGUCUGGCACAAUGACACCUUUGGGAGGAAUAGCUUCCUUGGCGAAGUGGAGCUGGAUUUGGGAACCUGGGACUGGAAUGAUAAAUCCAACAGGCAGAUCAACUGGUUUCCACUCAAGCCAAGGACUUCGGCUAUGGCUCUCGAAUUAGAAAACAGAGGGGAGAUGAAACUAGCCCUCCAGUAUGUCCCGCGCCCUGUUGGAGGAAAGAAGACUCUAUCUACUGGUGAGGUCCACAUCUGGGUGAAGGAAUGUCAUGACCUUCCUCUUCUGAGAGGCAACAGGCUCAACUCCUUUAUUAAGUGCACCGUUCUUCCAGAUACCAGCAGGAAAAGCCGCCAGAAAACAAGAACAGUGGCAAAAACUACAAAUCCGGUAUUCAACCACACCAUGGUUUAUGAUGGCUUCAGGCCAGAAGAUUUGAAAGAAGCCUGCAUAGAACUCACAGUCUGGGACCACAACAAACUGGCCAACCACUUCCUGGGAGGUCUCAGGAUAGGCCUUGGAACAGGCAAAAGCUAUGGAACUACAGUAGACUGGAUGGAUUCUACUUCGGAUGAAACUGCCCUUUGGGAGAAGAUGAUGAACUCGCCAAACACAUGGAUAGAAGAUACGCUGCCCCUCAGGAUGCUAAUGGUUGCAAAACUGACAAAAUGAGGUGGCUUUUUAAUUGCCAGUGUCAAAAAGAAACCUUGGGAAUGACAUUAAAGGUGUAGGGGUGAAACUGGGAAGAGGAACAGUCAGUCUUUUGACAGUCUCUGCUCCGUUGCUGUUCUGGUUUUGUGCUGCCAAAUGUCACUUCCUAUUUCAAAUUUAACUUCUACCUGCAAAUUGUUAUGAAAAUUUA